AUGGACCAAUUAAAUAAUUCAGUAAUUCGUGAACCCGCCGGCGGCGACGUAAACACGCGUGAGACGCUACGGGGGGCUUGGGGCGGGGGCUAUGGUGGUGCGAGGGCGUGGCAAGUGACGUCACUCAGCGACGGCCUCAGUCGGUCACUAUCCGGCGCAGCGGACGGUCGCGGCGACGCGUCGCCUAUUAUUACCCGAAAGUACGAUAAAAAACGCCAAAAUUUUCGACCGUCAGUAUCACUCACCUUCCAAGGUGUUGAAAUUGGAAGACGACCCUUGGGGGUCAUGUGCGAUGUACUCGCCGGAUAA